AUGAUCAGGUUUUCAGAAUCAACUUUAGGAGAUUUAGUCAUAGAAGAAGUAUAUCCACAUUUUUGUUUUCAACACAGUUUCUGGCGUAUUUUACUUAUUCUAUUGGCAUUUAUUAGUUUUAUAAUUGCCUGCAUUUUUAAUCGUUUGGCUGCUAGUGAUUCUAAUAGUAUAUUUACACAUCGUACAGAAAGUAUUAGUGAUAAUAAUCUUACUGAAUUUAUACCUGCUAGUUGGACAUUCAGUAUAUGGGGUAUUAUUUAUUGUUGGCAAGCAGCAUGGUUAAUCUAUGCUAUUACUCGAAUACCAAGAAAAUCAUAUAUAAAUUAUUUAUAUAUUGUUCCAAAUACACUUCAUUCUAGUGUUUUUAUAUUUUAUAUAAUUAAUAUGAUUUUGAAUAUUGGUUGGCUAUUUAUAUGGGAUCGAGGAUAUCUUGGUUGGUCCUCACUCGUCAUGUUCUUCAUGUUUAUAACGAUUCUUGUACCUAUGAUUAUAACUCAUGUUCUUCUACAACCAAAUCGAUUAAUUUAUUUUAAUUCAAAAAGAAAACUAGAUAUUUGGCUUGUACGAAUAUUAGUUCAUAAUGGUUUAGCUAUUUAUAGUACAUGGCUUUAUCUUGCAACAUUACUUAAUUUAACUAUUUGGAUUGUACAUGUACAUAAUAAAAAUUUUCAAUUAAUAACUGCUACAUCAACUGCAGCACUUGUUCUUGUACUUGUUGGAAUCAUAUUUUAUUUUAUUUGUGAAAAUUUCAUAUUUUAUUUUUCAAUGGCAUAUACAUUUUCACCAUGGUUUGUUAUGAUAUUUACUCUAUUUGGUGUUCUAUCAAAAAAUUAUACAAGAAAUGAUAUUCCUGAUAGAAAUAAAUUCUAUGCAUUUAUGUUAUUUAUUAUUUGUUGUAUUUUAUUUAUUAUUCGUCUUGGAUUAUUUCUUGUACGAUAUUACAGAAGUCGAAUUCCAACAAUACAAGAACCUUAA